AUGUAUAACAAGCGCAAAAACCGACCUUUAUCAACAGCAUUGUUUCUCAUUGUAGCGACAUACGUUUUCUUUUUCUGGCUCCCUAGUACAAAAACAUAUCGAGGUCGCCUAGCAAAGCCAAUCUCCAGAAAGGACAACACCGUUCGACAAGAUGCCAUUCGUCUAGAUAAGGUCACCGAGCGAUUCCCCGUUACAGAGUACAUCCCAUUGCCGACAAGUUCAGCGAAAAUUCCCCGCAUCCAGCAUAACUUCCCCGAAGAAACUCGCGGCGAGCGCAAGGCCAGACUCAAGAAGCGGGAUGCUGUGAAGGAAGCAUUCCUUCAUUCAUGGAAUGGAUAUAAAGAUUAUGCGUGGAUGCGAGACGAGGUGAAACCCCGCACCGGAGGAUACCAGGAUACCUUCAAUGGCUGGGGUGCCACUCUUGUCGAUUCGCUAGAUGCGCUUGUGAUUAUGGGGCUGGAUGAUGAGCUGCAGCUGGCUCUGGAGGCUCUGGAGGAAAUUGACUUUACAACAACUAAGAGCAGACAUGUGCCUGUCUUUGAAAUCAUCAUUCGCUAUAUGGGUGGUUUUAUAGCUGCUCAUGACCUGACCGAGGGCAAACAUCCUAUCCUGCUGAGAAAGGCUGUCGAACUGGGUGAGAUGAUCUUCAAUGCGUUUGAUACACAUAAUCGCAUGCCUCAAGUGCGCUGGGAGUGGACUAGAUCCGCCCAAGGGAAAGAAAUCACACCAUCGUCACGCACGAGCUUAGCGGAAAUGGGAUCCUUGACAAUGGAGUUCACUCGCUUGACCCAAUUGACCGGUGACCCCAAGUACUACGAUGCCGUGCAGCGAAUUAUGAAUGAGCUCGAGAUCGGACAAGACAAGACCCGGAUGCCGGGCAUGUGGCCGACAUGGAUUGACACCGACCGAAUGACGUUCGACGACUCCGAAUUCACCAUCGGCGGAUGUGCCGAUUCCGCGUACGAGUACUUGCCCAAAGAACAUAUUCUCCUAGGUGCACAGACCGACAAAUAUCACCGCAUGUACGAAAAGGCUAUUGACACAUUUAACGAGAAUCUGCUGUUCAGAGGAAUGACCCAGGACGAGGACCAGCACGUUCUCUUCACGGCUAACGUCGUUGCAAUGCGGGGCGACUCGAAGACCUUCCAGUAUGCGCCUGACCACCUCAAGUGUUUCAUGGGUGGGACCGUGGCUAUUGGGGCCAAGGUCUUCAAUCGGCCGCAGGAUAUGUAUGUUGCCCGGGGGCUUACCGACGGCUGUGUAUGGGCAUACGACGUCAUGCCUACAGGGAUUAUGCCGGAGGUGUUCAAGGUCAGUCCUUGCAAGCACAUCGAUGAGUGUCCGUGGGAUGAAGAGCAGUGGAUGUCAGAUGUCAUAUCACACUCUAUCGCUACCGAGGAGGACCGCGAGAAAGCGGAGGACCAUAUUGAGGCUGAGCACCUGCCGCCCGGUGUGACUAGUGUUCGAGAUGCAUCGUAUAAGCUCAGACCUGAAGCUCUUGAGUCGCUGUUCGUCAUGUACCGGAUUACUGGAGAUAAGUGUUUUCAGGACUCCGCAUGGCGCAUGUUUAAGAACAUUGAUAAGGCAACCCGGACUAAGUUUGGCCAUUCGUCUAUCAACGAUGUGCGUCAUUUGAAACCAAAACAUCAGGACAAAAUGGAGAGCUUUUGGCUUGCCGAGACUUUGAAGUACCUCUAUCUUAUCUUUUCCGAGCCAGAUCAUAUCAGUCUGGACGACUACGUGCUGAGCACCGAAGCCCAUCCUUUCAAGCGGCCAAGCAACUGA